UUUCUAUUGUAAAAGCAUGUGUAAGAGAGACAAACAAGACGAUCAAAUGAGAUUAAUAUGACGACCUUUAGUGGGUCUUGUGAGUUGGUUCGAUCGCUUUUGUAGCAGUAAGACGCAGCACGACAUGGCACCGUUCAAUCCAGCGCUGCAGCCGGAGAUACUGCGUGCAUUUCAGAAGGAUGAACAGCACAUCACUGUGCUUCAAAAGCAAGUGUCCGAAGUUUCCCGUUUGAUUUUCGGUAUUCCAUGGUGGAUUCGCUGGAAGUCUGACGUUGAAGCGCUUUCAAAGUUACUCUAUUUUCUUGCGACAACUUUGAGUGGCCUACAAACACUCGGUGAAGAGUAUGUUCACGUGCUGCAAGUGACAUCGUCUCUGAAUGAGAUACCAUCGUUUGUGCAGAGACUUGCGGCAGCUUUGCUUCAGACUUUUGGGAGUCGUAUUGUGGGUAAAAUCGUAAACUCUGCGCGGACAGCGGGAUGUGACCACAAUAGUACACUCGAAAACGCUUUCGAAAAGUUUUCACGAUUGCAUCUCACGCUUUUCUACCUGUUUGGCGCUUACUAUACGCCUGCAAAACGGAUAACCGGAAUUAGGCACGUUUUGCUUAGAAAAUGGAUGGCUAAUGCCAAUGGUUCUUAUUACUACAAAAUACUUGGGUGGCUGUCAUUAGCAGAGCUUGCAGUUUCUAUUGCCUGUGACCUAAGAGCAGUAAAAUUACGACAGGCUUCCUGCAACUCUCCUACAACAAAAGUUUCCACAAAGUAUGGUUGCUCUAUGUGCAUGGGCCCAACAAAGGACACAACCUUGAUACCGUGUGGACAUGUUUACUGCUGGUUUUGCAUCGCAGAAUGGUUAAGCACGAACCCAGGUUGCCCACUUUGCCGAACAGCCUGUAAACCGCAAGAGAUGUGUGUUCUUAAUAAUGUGAAGUAACUGCACGUACUCUGUUACUGUUAUCCAGUGUUGUUGGUAUAUGAGUGGGAGGCACAGUUGCAUAUCGAAAUAUUUAUUUUUUAUAUUGUAAAAGUGAACACAGGGGUGUAAAUAAAGGGGAAAAAUGCAUAAAUAAAGCAAAUUUGAAAUUAAAGCUUCUCUACAAAUGU